AUGGCUCACAAUCCAUCUGAUUCUGAUAAUGAAAUUACAACAACAAAGCGAAAGCUCUUUGAACAUGAUAUACAUCAAGUUCUUGGAGGAAGAGAAGUGGCAGAUGUUUUGUUAUGGAGGAACAAGAAAAUAUCAGCUGCAAUUUUGAUUGGAAUGACAGUGAUAUGGUUUCUAUUUGAGGUUGUUGAGUACAAUUUGGUGCCUCUGCUUUGUCACAUUUCCAUCACAAUUAUGCUUGUUCUGUUCAUAUGGUCAACUAUGGCACAAAUCUUCAAAUGGAAUGCACCCAAUAUCCCAGAUAUUAUUUUACAGGAUUACUUGUUUGAGGAUCUUGCUACAAUCUUCCACAGAGGAUUCAAACAGUUAUUACCAAUGCUUCAUUAUAUUUCAAGUGGAAUUGACCUACCAAGAUUUCUCCUGAUCAUUGUUAGUCUCUACAUGUUGUCAGUGAUUGGAACCUACCUCAGCUUCGUAAAUCUGUUAUACAUUGGUUUUCUCUGCAUGCUAACACUGCCAAUUAUGUAUGAACGUUAUGAGGAAGAAAUCAACAACCUAGUUGGCAAUGUCUUAGUGGACCUUAGGAAAAAGUACAAACAGUUUGAGAAGAGAUAUCUCAGCAAAAUUCCAAGAGGAUCAGUAAAAGAAAAGAAAAGGAUAUAAAUUGUUUUGAAGUUAAUUGCAAUUUGCAAUGAAUUAAAGAUUUACAUGGUGAUAUGUAGCACCAAGAUCAAAGCCAAAAAUGUAUGUAUGUAUUGAUGUUAGUUUUUAUUUUAUGUCUAAAUGUACCACUUGGAUCGGAUUAUGUGUGAUGUGACUCUGUGUGGAGGUAAUUUCCUUAGUUAAUUUG